AUGUCAGGUGCUUCGAAUGAAUUAGAUGAAUUAAUUAACAAUAUUAUUGAUAAAGAAAUUAAUAAAAUUAAUAAUGAAGGAAAUAAAAUUAUAAAGAAAUAUGAACAUAAUCAAUUUAGCAAUUUAAUAGAAAUCAGUCGAGGUUCUUUUGGAAAUGUUUUCAAAGCGACUUGGGAAAAUUCUACGAUUGUUCUAAAAAGUAUAACCAUUGACACUAGUCAAAUCGAUAGCGGAAUCAUUGGUGAAAUUAAAAAUGCAAUCAAUACCAAUAAAAUUAUUCCUAUUGAAACUACUACCGAUGCGAUUAAAUUAUUCAUUACUGAGGCUUUCCAUGAAAAAUGGAUUGAAAGGAAAAUCAUUGAAGGGAAAAUUAAUGAGCAUAAUAUUGAUGAAUUUGAAGAUUAUAAACGGAUCAAUGGUGGUGCUUCUAGUAAAGUUUAUAGAGCAAGAUUUAAAAGUACGAAAAAUAUAUGUGCAUUGAAGUAUAUUGAAAACAAUAAUCAUACUAACAAAGAACUUGUAAAUGAGCUAGAUCAUAUGCUUACUAUAGAAUCUCAUGAAAAUAUUAUUAAAUUUCAUGCAAGUCUACCAGCUAAGAUAAGAGACGGGCUAAGGGAAAAGUCAAUUGAUGAUACACCUCACGAAUAUGUCACUAUUUAUACAAGAUGUUGGAAGAGUAUGCAAGACGAUCGACCAUCCAUCGAAGAAGUAGCUAUGGCGUUCGAAGACUUUGUUGUUCAAGACAUCACGAAAGAUGAUAGUAUUAUUAUACAUGACAUAUCAGGAUUUGAAGAACAUAUUAAAAACUCCUUCGAAAACAUUAAAAUCAAUAUUAAGCUAAAUGCUGCUGCAGUUGGUCAGGAUGAAAUGUCUCUCUUUGUAAAUAAUCUAUAUUCGACUUUUAGUAAGCUAUUUAAUGAAGGUAGAUCAGUUAGUGAUAUGAUUACCAAGUUUAUAUCUCAAAAUGAUAAAACCAAUGAAGAAGUUUUUCAAUGGUUAUUGGCAAAUAACAAUCGUUCAAAGUAUACUUGCCUACUUGGAUUAUUUUAUCGUUGGAAUAUUGGCACAACUGAAAAUAACAUAGCGACUCUUGUCGAUGCGGCAAAUAAAGGAGAUGCUAUUGCGCAAUAUUUUGUUGGAAGAUGUUAUGCAGAAGGUUGGAGCACCGAUAAGGAUAAAAGGAAGGCAAUUGAAUGGUACACUAAGGCAGCCGAUAAUGAAUGUGCAGUAGCGGAACAUAUGCUUGGAGAAUAUUAUUAUAAACUUAGAAAAUAUACAAAAGCAUUUGAUUUUCUCAAAAGAGCAGUUGAAAAUGGAAAUUUUAAAGCAUUGAAUACCUUAGGAUUAUGUUAUCAAAGAGGUCAAGGAACAGAUACUAAUGUAGUUAAAGCAUUUAAAUCAUUUGAAGAGGCGGCAUUAUGGGGAUUACCUCCUUCACAAUAUGAACUUGGAAAUUGUUAUGAAUAUGGAAUUGGAACAGAAAUAAAUUGGGAUCAAGCAUCAUAUUGGUAUCAAAAGGCUACAGGAGCAAAUCCGAAUUAUCAAAUUCACCUGAAACGUGCUGACAUUAAAAACAAUAGUAAUCAUUAUUAA